UGUGAAUGCAUUCCAGGACCAUGCGGGCAAUUUUUCGUCUCCCAGCACCUCAAGGAAUGCGCGGUCGCUACGGGCGGAGAGGCAAUCUAUCACGACCCUGCAUCAAAAUGGGCGCAUCCUCUGCAGCUCCAUCGAUCAAGAGCCCCAUCUCUCGCAACCAGUCGCCACAGGCGUCUAGUCCUCUGCCCGCAGUCGUGUCGGCCUCUGAUUGAUGGUGGGCGCGCCAAGGCGGUGACGUCGCUUAGUGCCACAGCAACGGGACGCGCCCGCAGUGUUUACUUUUGACUGGAUACGGGACGAGGCUGGGGUGGCAGGGCCGUGCGAGCGCCGUCGCGAGCGCCAGCAGCCGCGCCCAUGCACCUGCUUUAUAUCGCCCGGGCGCAGCAGUCACUGGCCGCGCUCUAUCCGCUGCUGCACGACUUUCUCGACCCGCGAAUGUACUCCAGCUUCCACAACACGACCGCCUCGGCGGUUUCCAUGCGCGCCCCGCCUGCCGACCCGUACGCGACCAUGGCGCCGCCCACGCAAGACGACCCGGGCAACAUCAAGGUGGUGGUGCGAUGCCGGACGUUCCUGAAGCGAGAGCGCGAGAAGGGCACCCGGUGCCUGAUCCGCAUGGACCCCGCGACUGAGAAGACGACGCUGCACGCGCCCGAGCCUGAUGCCGAGGACCAGCGCAAGUCGCUCGUCGAGGACAAGCAGUUCACGUUUGACCGCUCCUUCUGGUCGCACGACGAGAGCGAUGCGCACUACGCCGGGCAGGAGGACGUGUACAAGUCGUUUGGCGAGGAGUUCCUCGACCACAACUUCGGCGGCUACCACACGUGCAUCUUUGCGUACGGCCAGACGGGCUCGGGCAAGAGCUACACCAUGAUGGGCACCGACGAGAACCCCGGGCUGAUCCCGCGGACCUGCGAGGAGCUGUUCGACCGCAUCCAGCACGAGCCGAAGCCUGACACGACCUACCACGUCCAGGUCUCGUACUUUGAGGUUUACAACGAGCACGUGCGCGACCUGCUCGCGCCGCCCACGGUCCCGCCCGUCUACCUCAAGAUCCGCGAGAGCCCCAAGGACGGCGUCUACGUGCAGGGCCUGCGCGAGGAGGAGGCCAAGAGCUACGCCGAGAUCGCGUACCAUCUGAAGAAGGGCGACAGCAGCCGAACGGUGGCGGCCACCAAGAUGAACGACACGUCGUCGCGCUCCCACGCCGUGUUUACCAUUCGCCUCAAGCAAAUCACGCACUCGAUCACGUCGGACGAGACGAUUGAGCGCACAGCGCGCAUGCGUCUCGUCGACCUCGCGGGCUCAGAGCGUGCCAAGUCGACGCAGGCCACCGGGCAGCAGCUCAAGGAGGGCGGCCAGAUCAACAAGUCGCUCAGCACCCUGGGCCGGGUCAUCAACGCGCUGGCGGCACGUGGGCAGGACAGCAAGAGCAAGAAGCAGCGUCAGGUGAUUCCGUACCGCGACUCGGUGCUCACGUGGCUGCUCCGGGACUCGCUUGGUGGAAAUUCCAAGACGGCCAUGGUUGCAUGCAUUGCGCCGGCAGACUACGAGGAGACGCUGUCGACGCUCCGCUACGCCGACCAGGCCAAGCGUAUCCGCACGCGCGCGUCGGUCAACCAGGACUGCAUGUCGGCGGCGCAACGGGACGCGCAGAUUGCCGAGAUGUCGGAGCAGAUCCGCAGCCUGCAGAUCAGCGUCAAUGCAGCCAGUCAGCGCAAGCGGGAGGAGGCGACGGAGCUGGAGGAGUACCAGCGACAGGUGUCGAUGAUGCACCGGCUGAUGGAGGAGAACCGCCAGGUCUCGGCUGCAAAGAUCAAGGCCCUCACGAGUGAAGUGGAGGAGCUGCGGCCGGCCAAUGUGCAGCUGCGCGCUGAGAUGGACUCGCUGCGCCGCCAUCUCGCGCUCGCUGUGGGAGAGCUCAAGAACCCCAUUGUGCUGCCGCCGCCCAGGGCGGUCGGCACACCGGACUUUGAGCGCGAAGACUGGAUGGACGGCGACGACGAGGCAGCGUCUGACGAAGAAGGCAGCGACGCGGGGUCAGACUCUGGGUUUGACGAGGGCGACGAGCAUGACGAGCUGGCGCAGGAGCUGCACGACGAGGCGCAGGCGUUUCUGAGCGACCUGGGGCUGUUCCGCAAGAAGGUUGGCACCGACGUGGAUCGGUUUGGUGUUGGGGAUGCGUUGAAGCACGCGACUGGGUACGACCAGGGCGGGCAUUAGGAGUAGCGUUGUUGGGUUUGUACUUGGAAAAGCGCGGGAAUGGCCAUGGAUGCAUGCAGCGACGGCGUUGGAUUGGGUUGGUUUUACAGUAUAUAGACUGGGUAGCGUCAGUGGAUGGAUAUCAUCACGUGCAGGCAUAUAUCAUCACGUGCAG